AUGGCCGAUUUCACACACUCCAAGUCGAGAAGCACCUCUCCAGCAUCAAGCAUUCAAACAUCAGACAACAUGACCAGGCCAACUUCAGACAACUCCAAGUCAAGCAAACGCAAGGGCACGAGAAGCGUCUCGACCCUGACUCCAGCGCAACUCGCUCGCAAGCGGGCGAACGACCGUGAGGCCCAACGCGCCAUUCGCGCUCGCACAAAGGAGCACAUCGAGAACCUGGAGCGUGAACUUGAGGAUCUCCGCAGCGCAUCGAGCCGAGAUGACACUGUACAAGACCUGCUCAGGAAAAAUAGGGCUCUGGAGGACGAACUACACAGGUUAAAAGAAAGCAUGGGCAUUCCGACAAAUGGGCCUCGCAGCUAUUACCAGCCUUCUUAUAAUAGCCCAACCGCGCGAACUUCUGCCCCCGGCCAAGUAGCCGAGUACACCGGCAUGGAGAUGGGAGCAUAUGAUACUCUGUCCAGCCCUGGUGACGCUUGGCCCUCUGCCGUUCCAUCGACAAUUCCAUCAACUGUCUCCAGCCCUUCUUCGUCUGGGGCAGAUGAGAUUGGCAGCUACUACCCCACGAGUGUGCCAUCAAUCAUGGACAGACCUGGGAUGGCCUCAAACAUGGGCUCACCCACCGUCUCCUGUAUCAGUGGAAAAUCCGGCUACGACGACAUCAAGCCAGAGGCUAGACAUCGGAUGCCCGCCGCUCAGCAUGCUCUCAAUCCCACAAGCAUACCACCAUCCUCAGCCGUGGAACAUGUACCCGAUGUACUACCAGGCCUCGCCAACUCUAUGAGGGGCCAAGCUCUGGCAGCUUACUGGGAGACACCGGGCUUGAUUACUUCACCGCUUACCCAAGCCGACGCUCUUUUAACUGGAUAUAUUCAGGACUGCCGUCGCUUAGUCACAAUGGAAGGAGUGAGGUCUCACCCAGAAGUUAUCUACGGACCCUCAGUCCCCAAUAUUCGCCGCCUCAUUGAGACGCACUGGAAUCUCGCUUCAAUCGUUCAGCAAUCAACGUUACCACCAUCUCCACCAGCACAUCCACUUGUUGAACUUGCAGCAACUUUGUUCGACAAUGACAACUUGGUCAUGACACUGGAACGUGUUGGUAGUUUCAUUCUCUUCCAGCGAAUCCUAUCCUGGUUGAUUUACCCAACACACGAGACCAUUUCCGGGUUAGGUAACAACUUUGCUCCCAGUCCUGUGCAGCAGUCUGUCCCACACGGCCAGUGGAUGGAAUUUCUUCUAUGGCCACAGUUACGAGACGUCGUCAUUCAACGACCAGAGGUUUAUGCCAGUUCCGAGUUUCGACACUUGUACAACACAAGUCUCCGGUUACUCAAUUGGGCAGGUGGACCAUUGCAGGCACUAGUCCCUGAUUAUUCUUCUGGAACGAUAUAUCUCACGCAAGCUUUCGUCAACCAUGUACUCAAUAUCGGCAACUGGGCAUUGGAGGAGCGGUUCUUUCGGCGUUAUCCUGAGUUUGGGGGUUCAUUACCCAUGGUUAGACUCAAUACUUGA